AACCAGAACAAACUCCACCGAAUCACUCCCUUUAAAAAAAAAAAAAAACUUCCUCCCUUACCUGCAUGGAAUCAGCACCAACAUCUCUAGUGUUCAAGGUCCAUAGACAUGAACCUGAACUAAUUUCCCCAGCAAAACCAACUCCUUGUGAGCUAAAGCCGCUUUCGGACAUUGAUGACCAAGAAGCUCUCAGAUUCCAGAUCCCGUCUAUACAAUUUUAUCGUUACAAUCCUUCAAUGAAAGGGAAAGACCCUGCUAAGAUCGUUAAGGAAGCAAUAGCAAAAGCGUUAGUCUUUUACUACCCACUCGCUGGGAGGCUUAGGGAAGGCCCUGGGCGUAAGCUUAUGGUGGAUUGUAAUGGUGAGGGUAUCAUGUUUGUUGAAGGUGAUGUUGAUGUUAGUCUUGAUGAAUUUGGCGAUGCACUUCACCCUCCAUUUCCUUGCUUGGAAGAGCUUCUUUUUUAUGUUCCUGGCUCUUCUGGUAUUCUCAACUGCCCCCUGAUACUUGUUCAGGUGACGCGACUAAGAUGCGGUGGUUUCAUUCUUGCUCUCCGUCUCAACCACACAAUGGCAGACGCACCAGGCCUCGUCCAAUUCAUGAUUGCCGUAGGAGAGAUGGCGCGUGGCGCGAGUGUUCCAUCUGUGAUGCCAGUUUGGAACCGACACAUCUUUGAAGCUAGAGACCCACCGUGCGUAACACACACGCAUAGGGAAUACGAUGAGGUUCCAGACACCAAGGGCACCAUCAUCCCACCCGAUGACAUGGUUUACCGGUCUUUCUCCUUCGGGCCCACAGAAAUCUCUUCGAUUCGAAGAUUCAUCCCGCCUCAUCUUCGCCACUGCUCCACCUUCGAAAUAAUAAUCGCCUGCAUUUGGCGGUUACGCACCAUAGCGCUCCGACCUGACCCUAAACAAGAGAUGCGAAUGAUCCUCAUAAUCAACGCACGCAGCAAGUCGUACUCUCCCGUGCCGGAGGGAUACUACGGGAAUGCGUUCGUAAUUCCAGCAGCAAUCGCGACCGCUGAAGAACUCGGCAAGAAUCCGCUAGGGUUCGCAUUAGAGAAAGUAAGGAAGGUGAAGACGGAAAUAGACGGAGAAUACAUGAAGUCUGUGGCCAAUCUGAUGGUGCUGAAGGGGAGGCCAAACUUCACGGUGGUGGGGUCGUAUUUGGUAUCUGAUGUGACACGUGUCAGGUUUCGAGAGGUGGACAUAGGGUGGGGUAUGCCCGCGUAUGGUGGGCCCGCAAAAGGGGUGGGGCCCAUACCAGGUGUGAUUAGCUUUUAUAUACCGUUGAAGAACAAGAAAGGAGAGGAUGGGAUUGUGAUCCAACUAGGUUUGCCGGCUCCAGCUAUGGAAAGAUUUGCCCAAGAACUGGGCAGCAUGUUGAAAGAGCAAAAUACCCCCGGAUCAAGUUUUAUUGUCUCUGCACUUUAGGUCAAGAAAAUUAGUGGUAUGUAGGGGAAGGGAUGGGGGGGGGGGGGGGGAAGUAGUGUUGAAUUGUUGAUGUGUAUUUGAGCUAGAUUGAGAGUGCAUUGAGAAUUAUUUUGUAGUGUCAUCCAUAUGUUUCAGAAUUAACAUGAGUAUUAUGCACUAAUUAUAAUCAUCCUAUAAUGAAUUAUAGUGAAAUGCAUAAUAUCUCUAUAUGUAAUUUAUCACAUAAUUUUAAAUAACAUAUAUGCUAUGAGCAAAAAAUAAAUGAACCAUUCAUGGGGAA